UCGCCUAUCGAACAGCUGACAGUGAAACUUUGGUAGCCAAUUGGAAACAAUGCAGGGCGAAAAUUAAAAUUAGGCUUAACACACCAACAAAAGACACUUGCGAUACACUUUGGCUGAAUGCUCGACCAGGACACGGCAGGAAACUAGGCAAUCCCAGCAUGGACAUGGCCAGGAGCAUCUUUGGCCGCGAUCAUGAGGGUUACGUGGGCCGUGAAGAGCAUACGCGCAAACUGCAGAACUUGGGCUCGGAAGACGAUCUUGGUGAGCUGCCGCCCAUGAUGGAGGCACUAAGUGUUGUGGAUGGACUGCGGCCAAAUCCGGGGGGACCCUUCUCGGCCCUAACUGCCUCAAUGUGGCCCCAAGAAAUACUAGCCAAACUGGGCGGUGGCGCAGAGCUGGCCUCGGGUCCAAACGACCAGCCAGAGUACCGCUUCGAUGAGUUCGGCUUCCGGGUAGAGGAGGAGGACGGACCGGAGCAAAGCUCAAACAAACUGCUCAGCAUCCCGUUCGUGGAAGACGACCAGCAGCGGCUGCAGUGGAUCGCGCACCUGGAAUUCUCGCACAACAAGGAAGCCACAGAGUUGAGUUGGGAGCAUGUGGAUGUUUUGCUCCCACGCACCGAAAAACUGCGCAACAUGGUCCGCCAGGGUAUCCCCCACACCCUCCGAGCCCAGAUGUGGAUGCGCCUGUCUGGUGCGAUGGCCAAAAAGCAGAAGAGCGAGACCAGCUAUCAUGAUAUAGUCAAGGCCUCUAGCAAUGACCAGUUAAUGACUUCAAAGCAAAUCGAAAAGGACCUACUUCGUAUUCUGCCCACAAAUGCCUGCUUCAGCAAUCCGAACGGAACGGGCAUACCCCGCCUACGCCGCAUCCUGAGGGGCAUCGCGUGGCUCUUUCCGGAUAUUGGCUAUUGCCAAGGCACUGGCGUGAUCGUGGCCUGCCUGCUGCUCUUCAUGGAGGAGGAGAAUGCCUUUUGGAUGAUGGCCACCAUUGUAGAGGACCUCCUGCCAGCCUCCUACUACAGUUCCACGCUGCUAGGCAUACAGGCGGAUCAGCGCGUGAUGCAAACGCUCAUAGCCAAUUACCUGAGCAGUGUGGACGAGUCGUUGCGGAAGCACGACAUCGAGUUGUCGCUGAUUACGCUACACUGGUUCCUUACCCUGUUUGCUAACGUGGUGCAUAUGAAGAUUCUGGUGCGAAUCUGGGACUGGUUCUUCUACGAGGGAUCCAUUGUGCUCUUUCAACUGACGCUGGGCAUGCUCAAAGUGAAGGAACAGGAUUUAAAGCACCUCGAAAACUCCGCUCAGAUCUUCAACUCACUUUCGGACAUUCCUGGCGAGGUCACCGACGUCGAAGUGCUCUUCCGCCAAGCCCUGGAGGUGGGCGGAUCCCUUAGCCAGACGGUAAUCGACACCCAUCGUCGUCGGCACCUGGCGUACCUUAUGGCGGAUCAAGGCCACCAGAUAGGUAACCCGGAGGCUGCACCCAAUCUUCCUAAGCAGCAACUAGCCCGACGACAGGUACGCAAGAGCAAGUCUAUCUUGGAGGCCUUUCUCUUUCGCGGCGACGCCAGCGAAGGGGAUCAGUUGAAGAACAAGAACAUUCGCCAAACCGAAAUCUUGGUGGACCUAAGGGAAGCUAUACUUAAAGUGGGUCGCCACUUCAUAACCAUUGAGCCAAAGCUUUCCGGCCACAUACAGCUGACUGCCAACUACAGCACCGAGUCGCAUGCCAAGGACCAUGAGAACUUUAUCAACGUAGCCAGAACACGGAAGCGUCGGGCCAAAGCCUUGCACGAUUUCGAGCGGCACGACGACGAUGAGUUGGGCUUUCGGCGUAAUGACAUUAUCACGAUCAUCAGCCAGAAAGACGAACACUGCUGGGUGGGUGAACUCAACGGCCUGCGCGGCUGGUUUCCGGCCAAGUUCGUGGAGCUGUUGGACGAGCGGAGCAAGCUGUACACCUCGGCGGGGGACGAUGCCAUCUCGGAGACGGUGACGGACCUAGUGCGUGGCACUUUGGCGCCGGCCAUCAAGGCCUUUCUGGAGCACGGCAUGAAGAGGCCCACGUUCCUGGGCGGACCAAUCCACCCAUGGCUGUACAUUGAAGAGGCGGCCACACGGGAGGUGGAGAAGGACUUCGAGUCGGUGUACAGCCGCCUGGUGCUUUGCAAAACGUAUCGCCUUGAUGAGGAUGGCAAGGUGCUUACGCCCGAGGAACUGCUUUACCGCUGCGUCCAGGCCAUCAAUCAGACGCAUGACGAUGCCCAUGCCCAGAUGGACGUAAAGCUGCGCUCCCUCAUCUGCCUGGGUCUAAAUGAGCAAGUGCUGCAUCUGUGGCUGGAAGUGCUGUGCGCCUGCCAGGAGGUCGUACAAAAGUGGUACCAUUCGUGGAGUUUUAUCGACUCACCCGGCUGGGUACAGAUCAAGUGCGAGCUGCGCAUACUGUCGCAGUUCGCCUUCAACCUGAAUCCCGACUGGGAGCUGCCCCCAAAGCGCGGCAAAGAGUCUCAGCCACUUAAGGACGGAGUGAGGGACAUGCUGGUGAAGCACCACCUCUUUUCGUGGGAUCUGUGAGGCCCGUUCCUCCUUUGUAUAGAAUUCCACAUUCGUUUGCAAUCGGCAGCUUAUCCAAUAUCUCAUUCGCCUCGUUUCAAUCAUUUCCAUGUGCAAUCGCAAUCGUUUGAAUCAAUCGCUUUUUAAGUACUUCUUUGUUGUCGUACGCCUAACUUAAGUGCUUUAUCAUAACGAUCUUUAGCUGUAACUAUGACUUUUAAUUCGCCCUAUGUAUAGCUCGAGCCGUUUGUUUACUUAUCGUCCAUCCAUUAUUAUAAAUCCUAGACCACACACCACUCUACUAAAUUACAAAUGUAACGUACCUUUAAAUUGAAAUCAAAUCUUAUAAAGUACAUACAUAUUUAUUACUAUAUACACAUAGAUGUUUAACUGUCUAAAUGCAUUUCAUUAAAGUUUAAUAUAUAUAUUUAAACUGUACA